AUGGGCGACUACGACUACCUCAUUAAAUUCCUCGCUCUCGGUGACUCCGGAGUCGGAAAGACGUCGUUUCUGCAUCGCUACACGGACAACACUUUCACCGGGCAGUUCAUUUCCACAGUUGGCAUCGAUUUCAAAGAGAAGAAAGUGGUCUACAAAAGUGCCCGCGGUGGUUUUGGUGGGCGAGGACAACGAGUUCAGCUGCAGUUAUGGGAUACGGCAGGCCAAGAGCGGUUUCGAAGUUUGACGACGGCGUUUUUCCGCGACGCAAUGGGUUUCAUCCUGAUCUUCGACAUCACCAACGAGCAGUCUUUUCUCAACAUUCGAGACUGGCUGUCACAACUCAAGGUUCACGCCUAUUGUGAAGCACCGGACAUCAUUAUCUGUGGGAACAAAGGCGAUCUCGAGAAUCGACGACAAGUCAGCACGGCCCGUGCUAAGCAGCUUGCCGACCAGCUGGGACUACCGUAUUUCGAGACGUCUGCGUGUACUUCAACGAACGUGGAGCGCGCCGUUGACUGCCUUCUCGAUCUGGUCAUGCAACGAAUACAGCAGAGUGUAGAGACGUCUGGACUUCCGCUAUCAGGUAAGCACACUUGA